AUGGGUAACACAUUGAUUCAUUCUGGUGAGACCGAAAGUGGUGAUAAUUCAGAUCUGACCGAAAUCAACUCUCUCAAAGUACAAUUAGCCAAUCUCAAAUUGGAAAAAAUUGAUCUCGAGGAAAAGGUAACUAAUCGCGCAAUGUUUACAAAUACUCGUAGUAAACAAUUCAACUCUCAUGUUGUGGUGCUUUUUCUUCUCUUCCUUCAGUCCAAAAAUCAGGAAUCUCUGGAGCACUUGGUACUGGACCUUGAAAAGGAAAUCAGCUUCCUCAAAGACCAACUUGAGGAUCAACAACUCUCGACAAUGGAAAAGCUAAAAUCGCAAGACGAGUCCUCUCGAAACGAAAUUCAGUCUUUGAAAGCGGACAUUGAAAAGUCCAAUGCCGUUAUCAAAAAACUCGAAGCUGAAAAUACUGAUCUCAGAAAGAAGAUACAGUAUAUGAAUAGUACCGAGGAGACUCUCAGAAGUGAAGUGGAUUCCUUAAAAUCGAAUUUGGAAAACUCAAACACUACUGCGGAUAAGCUAAAGAUUGAAAAUUCCAAUCUUUUAAGUCGGAUUGGAGCGCUUUCAUCGGAAGUUGAGGCGAAAAAGCAGCAGAUCGAAAACUUCAAACAUUCUCUCGCAGAUGCCCAAAAUGCAAUCAACCAGAAAGACUUAAGUUUAGAGACCUUAGACAGCGAAUUGAAGAAGUGCCUAAGUGACUUUGAGAUCAAAUCGAAACAUUGCGAUCAACUGAGGCAGCAGAUCGAGUCCCUCAAUGCGACCAUUGCCCAACUCACCGAAAAAGUAUGGAGUGGUGUGCAAACUCUCAAUGUGUCCGGUCACACUAAGUUGCCCUUUGUGAAACAGUGA